GAUGAACCUUGAUGAAGCUUCUCUCUCUUUCUGUCACAGGAUGGACUGCACUGUGCGGGAUCCAGAGGAAAUCUCAGGAACUUUAAUUGAUGUGGCCAAACACGUCGGCUCAGUCGCAUUCAGAGUGUGGGAGAAGAUGCAGCCCGAGGUCACAUACACUCCCGUGAUUCUUGAUCCCAACACCGCAGACAUCUGCGUCAUUCUGUCAGAUGACCUGACCACCAUCCGCUACAGCGAAGAAGACCAACAGGUCCCGGACAACCCUGAGCGCUUCUGCUUCUACGAGUGUGUCCUGGGCUCGGAGGGUUUCAGCUCUGGUCGCCACAGCUGGGACGUGGAGGUGGGCGACUGCAGCGAAUGGGCGCUGGGAGUGGUGAAAGAGAGCGUGCAGCGGAAAGAGUGGUUUCCCCCGAGCCCUGACCGUGGCAUGUGGAUCAUCUGCUUGUACGGAGGAGAGUAUCGCGCACGGACGGCCACCAACACUCCUCUGACGCUCAAGAAGAAACCUCAGAAGAUUCGAGUUCAGCUCGACUGGGAGGGUGGCAGAGUGAUGUUCUCGGAUGCCAGUGACAACUCGCUGCUGUACAAGUACAAGCACAAGUUUACGGAAAAGAUGUUCCCGUAUUUCUCCAAUACAUGUAAAAGACGUCCACUGCAUAUUUUAGCAGAAAAGGUGUCUGUGUACACAGAAUAACUCAAGACACUCAUCAGCAUGAGGACUAUAUCUACACUACCGAUCAAAAGUUUUAGAUUGGUACGAUUUUUCUAUGUUUUUGAAAGAAUCAUUUAUGCUCACCAAGGCUUGA